AUGCCAAAACGCUUCACACCUCCGACCUCUGCUGAACGCAAACGCCACGGCCACAACUAUCGCCGCUGCCACCUCUACCACCACAAGACUACCCUCCUCCGCCGCUGGUCGUCGGUUUUCAUCAUCCCUUUUCGCUUCUCUCCUUCUCCGGUGGUUCUUUUGUCGACCAUUAUGUCCCUCGUUAACAGACUAUUCAAGCUUUCAAUUCCUUCGUCAACAGAGAAUGAAAUUGGAGAAGACCCCUUUUUUGUUAACCUUCAACUAAUUUUCUGGUUUUUGAGAGAAAUUUCGAAUUCAGAGGGUUUGUCUACUGCAACACCCAUCUCCUACUCUAAUAUUGACUUCCAGGGUUCAUUUUCAUCAUCUUUUCCAGUUGAUGCUUCACUACGGUUCACCAACACAAUACUCUUCUUAUUUGAAGUUCAUUUGAAACUAAAUGAUGGAUCAUGGGCAUAAUUGACUUGUGAAUGACUUAUAGUUGAUUGCAUUUAGGGUGAACUUAUGAUUAAUUAGUAGUGGGUGAACUUAUGAUCCAUUAGUAGUUCAUUUUAGUUAUUUUGUUUUUCACUUAUAUGACAUGUGUGGUUGACGUGUACAAGAAUUGUGGGUUUUUUUGCAGUUUCGGGAGAAUACCAUACUAUUAAAUAGGGGUGUGUUGCAGGAAAUUGCAAUGCAAGAAGAUGUCUUUAUAUUUAAUUACAUCCACUCAAUUUUUUAGCAUGGGAAAGUACUCGGUACGCAUAUGAGCAACAAUGCAUCUUGAAAAGAGAUGGAAAAAGGAAUCAAGAGUUGUUCUUCCUAAGCAAAGACCGUAUUUUUUUCAAAGCUAUUGACCUUCACGUACAAAGCACAUUAUGCUGUAUUCAUGUUCGUGUCCAUGUAGUCAUGGCUUGUUGGGAUCUAGAACAAUCUCUAUAAAGCUUAAUAGGUUGUGUCAUUUUUGUUGAGCAUCUAUGGUUGUUUGUGUGUUUGUCACACCCCCAAACCGGAACGGCGGAAACAUUCGUGGGCGGAGGACGUCAUGUACAGUAUCACGACAAUUGAAUAAUAGUAAUCAAAGUAGCAACAACCAUUGUAUUGAUAAUAUAGUGUUUACAUUGUAUUCGAAUAACAUAUGAUUGACUCCAAAAGCAAAUAGCAAAACAAAGACUUGAAGCUACUAUGCUCCAUCUUCUAGAACCUGCGUGUGUACCUGUCUACUAGUGCCCUGAGAAUACAAGUGAUUUGGACAGUGUCAACAUUAAAGUUGGCGAGUUCAUAAGCAUUCGUUUUAGAAAGCAUGUUCUUUGUUCCAUGAAAAUGUUAUAAUGUAUUUCCAGAAAAUCCAAUAUUUUCUUUAGUGAAUGUAGUGUAGUCUUAAGCCUUAAAAUCAAGAUGUAGGUAGUCAUUGAA